AUGGUAUCACAGCUUGUCUGGCUUAUAACUGGGACAUCGUCGGGGAUUGGUCGUGACCUUGCCCUUGAGGCCCUCAAGAGAGGUGAAAAAGUCAUUGCGACUGGCAGAGCUCGAUCAAUAAGCAAACUUGAGGAUCUCAAAUCCAAAGGUGCAGAUAUUAUCGAGUUAGAUGUUACAUCACCCCUAGAGACCCUGGAAGAAAUUGCGCAAAAAGCGGUCGCCAUACAUGGAAGAAUCGACGUUCUUGUCAACAAUGCUGGAUAUAUACUUGUUGGCGCUAUAGAGGAAAGCACACCCCAAGAAACCUAUGAUCAGUUCAACACUAAUGUUUUUGGAGCCCUCAAUGUCAGUCGGGCUUUUCUGCCAUAUAUGAGAGAAAAACGGACUGGAACCGUCUUAUUCAUCGGAUCACUUGGAGGUUGGAAAUCAUCGCCGUAUGCUGGCUUAUAUGUUGCCACCAAAUGGGCCCUUCGAGGCAUAGCGGAGACAUUACACGAUGAAAUCUCCCCCCUUGGAUUAAGAAGCAUUUGUGUUGACUUUGGAUACUUUCGAACCUCCUUCUUGCAGGCAGAUCAGCGUGCUCCUCAAGUUUCCAGAAUCUCUGAUUAUCAGGAAAUAAAUGAGACUGUAGAAAACGCUUUACAAGCUUACAACGGCAAGCAACCGGGUGACCCAAUAAAGGGUGUCAACAUCCUCUUAGAUCUCGUACGAGGCGAGGGCCAGGCUGCAGGAAAACAGUUUCCAAGAGGACUUUCCUUAGGAACUGAUGCCUAUAAUGUAGCUAAAACUGCAUCGUUAAGUGCUCUGGAACGACUGGAGGAAUGGAAGGAGGUUUCAUUCAGUACAGAUAUUGUCGAAAAUUAA